AUGUUCUUACUUAAGAAAACAUUAUUUGCAGGGUUGGCCUUUUUGGCCAUUAAUACAUUUCGCUUCGUAAAAGCUGAUGAGCAACCAUCUGACGUUAUUUCAUUGACAAAGGACACUUUUCACAGCAUUGUUGAUCCAGAAAACGUGAUUCUUGUGGAGUUUUUCGCUCCGUGGUGUGGUCAUUGUAAAGCGUUGGCCAAAGUUGAUUGUACUGCUGAGAGUGAACUAUGUCAAGAACAUGAAAUUAGAGGUUAUCCAACGUUAAAAGUUUUCCGUGAUGGUAAUGCAACGGAUUAUACAGGCGGUCGAAAAGAAGACUCGAUUAUUAGUUAUAUGAAAAAACAAACGUUACCCGCAAUAUCAGAUGUCACCGUAGAGAAUCUGGAUACGUUCAAAGAUUCCGAAAACGUGGUUAUUGUUGGGUUCUUCACCGCAGACAGUCAAGAAGAGUACAACACAUUUGCAAAAGUUGCCGAAGCUAACCGUGAUAGCGACUUUGUAUUUGGUGCCACUGGACAAAAAGAAGCAGCUGACAAAGAAGACUUAAAACCACCCGUGAUAGUCCUCUAUAAAAACUUCGAUGAACGCAAUGCAACACUUUACCCACCUUUUGAUGAGGAAAAACUUUCAACAUUUAUCAAAACAAAUUCGAUUCCUCUUUUGGCUGAGAUUGGCCCAGAAAAUUACGCGGCGUAUGUUGAUUCGGGACUUCCUCUUGCCUUUUUAUUCUACGAAAACGACGAACAACGAACUACCCUUGGUAAAGAAAUCGAACCUAUCGCGUUGGAAACCAAAGGGAAAGUUAACUUUGUCUAUAUUGAUGCUGUUAAAUACGGAUCUCAUGCACAAAACAUUAAUCUUAAAGAAGUAUGGCCAGCAUUCGGUAUUCAGAAACCUGAAGAAGGAUUAAAAUAUCCGUAUGAUCAGUCCAAAGAAAUAACAACAGAAAAUAUCAGAGCAUUUAUUGAGAAAUUCUUGAAGGAUGAGAUUCCACCUAGU